AUGUCCUACACCAACGAUGAGGUCGUCUCCACCGACAUGCUCGGCAACAACAACUCUUCCAUCUUCGAUAUCAAGGCUGGUAUCUCCCUGAACCCCAACUUCGUCAAGCUUGUUGCCUGGUACGACAACGAGUGGGGUUACUCCCGCCGUGUCCUCGACCUCUUGGAGCACGUUGCCAAGGUCGAUGCCUCCAAGAAAUAA